GUCUUAAAUUGUUGUUAGUAUAAGACGAUUCCACUAAGACUAAAAAUUUUCAAGAAUCAGAAAACUGAAAAAUCUCUUCAAUGGCGUCGAGGAGACGUGAUUUUUUUAUGAUUGAUGAAGUUGGUGCCAAGAAAAAAGCGAAGGUUGAUGAAGCUGAAGAAGAAGAUACAUCACAGCUUCCAGUAGUUCCAUGGAGGGUUCUUCUUAACGCUGCCGAUUGUGAUUUAGAUUUCAAUGUUGAAGGAAAUGGACUACUAGGUUCAGGGCUUUAUGAACAUGGAUUUUCGUAUUGUUGGUCAGGUGCUCGUGCCAAUAUGGGAAUCACUGGAGGAAAGUACUGCUUUGGUUGCAAAAUUGUUGCAGAGCAGCCCGUAAAGAUGGACGAUACACCACUAGACCAACAACAGAUCUGUCGUGUUGGAAUCUCAAGGGGAGAUGAUGCAGUAGGAAACCUUGGGGAAACCCUGCACAGUUUUGGGUUUGUGGGUACUGGAAAAUUUUCUAGUCAAGGAAGAAUUUCUAAUUAUGGCGAAAGAUUUGGGGUUGGUGACACAAUAAUUUGUUGUGUUGACCUUGAGUCCAGCCCUAUGGCUUCCAUAGGUUUCUCUAAAAAUGGAAAGUGGCUGGGAACAUCAAAGCAAUUUAAUGCAGGACCAGGUCCAACUGGUCUUGAAGUGGUGGAUUGUCCAAUGAAAAAUCUAUAUUGGCAUUCAGCUCUUUUCCCUCAUGUGUUGCUUAAAAAUGUAGUUGUGAACAUGCAGUUUAGCAUAAAUGACGGACUAGCUCCUGUAGAAGGAUAUAAACCGUGGUCUUGUGCCAUGGAAGAUGGGAAAGCCAUUCCAGGCCCUAGUUUUGCGAAUCUGUGCGAUUGUGAAGCUAUGAUGAUGGUAGGACUACCUGCUUCCGGUAAGAGUACCUGGGCUGAGAAAUGGAUUAAGGAACAUCCAGAAAAGCGAUAUGUUCUGCUUGGAACUAAUUUAGCUUUGGAUCUAAUGAAGGUUCCCGGUUUUCUGCGCAAACAAAACUAUUGUGGAAGAUUUGAACAUUUAAUGGACCGUGCUACUGGUAUAUUCAACACUCUUUUGUCUAGGGCUUCCAAGAUUCCUCGUAAUUUCAUAAUUGAUCAGACAAAUGUCCACAAAAAUGCCCGGAAGCGCAAAUUGAAGCCCUUUGCAAACUAUAAGAAGAUAGCUGUUGUGAUUGUUCCAACACCUGAAGAGCUCAAGUUCCGUGGUGAGAAGCUGUUCAAAGAAAUGGGGAAAAAAGUUCCUGCUGAAGCAGUAAAUCAGAUGUUAGUGAAUUUUGUUUUACCUAUGAGCAAAGACAUGCAUCAAGCAGAUGAGUACUUUGAUGAGGUACGAUUUGAAGAACUUGGCAGGGCGGAGGCUCAGAGAUGCUUGGAUGAGAUGAAAGCAAACUUGAAUUCAGAAAAGGAAGUUACCCCUUAUUCUCGUGAAAGUUCAAUGCAGUCACAUAAUAGCCUGUCGAUGCAGUACCCUUUGGAAUACCAGCAGUCGUGCAGUGGUUCAUCACCACAGAGUCUCAGAAAUGUACCAGGUGGACGUCUAAAUAGUUCGUAUGCUCAGCCUCAACUUCAAGCACCUCAUGAAUCCUUCUACGCGAUCCCUUCCAGUUACAACCCCAUAGGUGAUUUCGGUCACCAUGGAAGUCACAGUGCCUACGGUGAUUCAAGGGGCUAUGACAUGGAAGCCAGAUCAGCUAUCCAUGGAGAGAUCUAUGAGCCUCAUGUGGGUUCUGGAGCUCAGAAUGCAGCUGAGUUACACCAGAGCAUCAUGAAUGAUCCCAACCUGAGGAGCGUGUCUGGUGGUUCUGGAGCUCAGAAUGCAGCUGAGUUGCACCAGAGCAGCAUGAAUGAUCCCAACCUGAGCAUGUCUGGUGGUUUCGGAGCUUGGAAUGCAGCUGAGUUACACCAGAGCAGCAUGAAUGAUCCCAACCUGAGGAUGUCUGGUGGUUUCGGAGCUCAGAAUGCAGCUGAGUUACACCAGAGCAGCAUGAAUGAUCCCAACCUGAGGGAGAUGUUUGGUGGUUCUGGAGCUCAGAAUGCAGCUGAGUUACACCAGAGCAGCAUGAAUGAUCCCAACCUGAGGAUGUCUGGUGGUUUCGGAGCUUGGAAUGCAGCUGAGUUACACCAGAGCAGCAUGAAUGAUCCCAACCUGAGCAUGUCUGGUGGUUUCGGAGCUUGGAAUGCAGCUGAGUUACUCCAGAGCAGCAUGAAUGAUCCCAACCUGAGCAUGUCUGGUGGUUUCGGAGCUCAAAGUGCAGCUGAGUUACAUCAUAGCAGCAUGAAUGAUCCCAACCUGAGCAUGUCUGGUGGUUUCGGAGCUUGGAAUGCAGCUGAGUUACUCCAGAGCAGCAUGAAUGAUCCCAACCUGAGCAUGUCUGGUGGUUUCGGAGCUCAAAGUGCAGCUGAGUUACACCAAAGCAGUAUGAAUGAUCCCUACCUGAGGAUGUCCGGUGGUUCUGGAUAUCUACCACCUGAUUCAAGAGGACCGUUUGAAUCGGGGAUGGCUACACCAUAUGCAGGCUUUUCUCAAGAGGUUCCAGCUCCGAGGCCACAACAUGAAAAUUAUCCCUCUGGAGCACAACAUCCUGGGGUAUCCGCUCCACAAGGGGUUCCAGCUCCGUGGCCACCACAUGAAAAUUAUCCCUCUGGAGCACAGCAUCCUGGGGUAUAUGCUCCACCUGGUCCCAGAUACUACUGAUUGCGGAAACUGCAUGGAAUUCAGAAACACUGAAUAUGAUUGCUUGUUUUUAAUUUACUAAAGAAUCAAUUGGUGUUAGCAUAUAGAGAGGUUAGUUUGGAUUUCAUAACUGGAUCAUAUAGUUUGUGUAUGAUAUGGAGGUUAACUUUGGGAAAUUUGGAGUUCUAUUGAGAAAAUGUAGACUAUUACCAUCUCAA